AUGCGGGAACGGAGCCGGAGGCGUAGCACCGGGAAAAGGCGCGCAAGGGGUGGACAAGCGGGGGGGAGACAAGGGGCUGAGCAGAAACAGGGGGCCGGAAGCGGGGCGGCCAAGAACACCCAAACCGUCGGCCAGCGACGGCGCAAACCGCGGAGCAAAACAUCCAGGGCCACCGACAAAGCCGCAGCGGGCACGGCCCGGCAAAGAGAAGCGGACCCCGGGACGGGGAGGAAGGCAAGCGCGCGAGGGGGAAAAGGCAAGAGAGACGCGGCCGCGGAGUCCACGAAGCCAACACGCAGGGCGGGCACGGGAAGCGGGGGCCAAAGGGGAGCGGAUAACGGAAAGACGCGGCCGCCAGAAGAGAACGGGCCAAGAAGGAGGGGGGCCCGAGCGGGGCAGCGGCGGCACCGUCGGGGGCCGCAAAAGGGAAGGCAGGCCCCCCCGCAGAAGCAGGCAACCAGGGGACCGGGCGAGAGGAAGCCCCGAGGCCAGGGCCGCAGGACCACCCGGAGCCGGCAGACCCGGCGGAAGGCAAAAAGACGAGCAAAGGAAGGAAGCGGAGCCGGAGCGCACGGCGCGAGAGCGACCGACCGGAGCCGGAGGAGCCAAAGCGGGGGCCUCGGCGGCGGGCGGCCGCAGGAGGCGCAGGGAGCGGAGGCGAAGCGGGCCCAGGCAGGGGGCACCGGGGGACCCAGACAGCACACCGCCGGCAGGAGGGCAGGGGCGCGGAGGGGGGGGCGAGGGGGGGGCGGGGCAGGGCAGGGCGCGCCCAAGAGCAGCCCAGAGGGACAGGCAAAUGCGGGGACACCGAAAGGCGGUUGCGCCGUGAGCUGGGCAAACCACCACACGCCACGGGUCCCCCAGAAAGAGCCGAAGGACGGACAACCGGCGGUCCCAAAUGACCAAAGAAGAAUAGUGAGGCGGACCCCAACCCCCGUGGCGAGGAGGCAGGGGGCCCGGGAGGGAGGGGGGACGGGCCGAGAGCGGGCCAGCCCAACCAUCGCCGGCAGGGCCCACCAACCGAGGCCGGCGACGGAGGGGAGGGAAAAGGCGCGCUGGCCCCCGAGCUGGGGCAAGAGGAGCGGCACGGAAACAGAAGAGGAGGAGCGACGAAUUGCCCGCAGCAGGAGUGGGCCAAUAGCGGGCCCCGCGAAGGGUGGCGCAGUGCACGCGAGGGUGAACAGCUGGCAGGGGGCCGAGGACCAGCAGGGCAAAGUAGGGACGAGCCGAGGAGAAGCGCCCCCAGGGCCGAUGGACCAGCGGGCCCAGCCGGAGCGUGCCGGGUGA